AUGGUGAACACACCUCUUGAGCCAGGCGUGGGCUAUGGCAUAGUCCUCGGCCUCGGCUUUGCCUUUGCUCUAGGAAUGAUCCUCGUGACAUUCAUCCUCAGACGCUAUAACUCGGAGCUGGUGACUUCUGAAAUGUUCAACACGGCCGGACGCACCGUGAAGAGUGGUCUGGUGGGGUCUGCCGUCGUCUCGUCUUGGACGUGGGCGGCUACACUGCUGCAGAGUACCGGUGUCUGCUACCGAUAUGGUGUCUCUGGCCCCUUCUGGUAUGCCUCCGGGGCUACCGUCCAGAUUCUGCUUUUCGCAACUCUCGCUAUCGAAUUGAAACGUCGCGCGCCGAAUGCGCACACAUAUCUCGAAGUCGUUAGGGCAAGGUACGGAACGGCCGUGCACGCCGUUUUCAUGACCUUCGCCCUGGUUACCAACAUCUUGGUGAGCUUGAUGCUGAUUGUUGGGGGCUCUGCUACCGUCAGUGCCUUGACGGGAAUGCCCACCGUAGCGGCGAUUUACCUUCUUCCGGUAGGCGUGGUGGCUUAUACGCUCGUGGGUGGACUGAAGGCCACCAUCCUGACAGACUGGAUCCACACCUUCAUCCUGCUGAUCAUUAUCAUCAUUUUCUCGCUCACGGCGUAUGCGUCUUCUGACAUUCUCGGCUCGCCUUCGGCGGUCUACGACCUUCUCGUCAAAGCUGCCCUGGACCACCCCGUAGAAGGAAACGCCGAGGGAAGCUACCUCACCAUGCGAUCUCAGGAGGGCGUGAUCUUCUUCGUCAUCAACAUUGUUGGCAACUUUGGCACGGUGUUUCUUGACAACGGUUACUACAACAAGGCCAUUGCAGCAUCUCCAGUACACGCCCUCCCUGGUUACAUUAUCGGUGGCCUCAGUUGGUUUGCGAUCCCGUGGCUAACGGCAACCACCAUGGGUCUGACGGCUCUGUCAUUGGAGAACACACCAGCCUUCCCGACUUACCCUGACCGUAUGUCGGAGGCAGACGUCUCAGCCGGUCUGGUUCUUCCGUAUGCUGCCGUUGCGUUGCUGGGCCGUGGCGGCGCAAUCUGCACUCUCUUGAUUGUGUUCAUGGCUGUUACUUCAGCCACCUCGUCCGAGUUGAUUGCGGUGUCGUCUAUCUGCACCUAUGAUCUGUACCGAACAUACUUCAAUCCGGAGGCCAGCGGAAAGCGUCUGAUCUGGAUGUCCCACUUCAUUGUCUGCAUCUAUGCUCUUUUCAUCUCGACUUUCUCGGUGGGACUAUACUACGCCGGUAUCUCGAUGGGUUAUCUGUAUUUGAUGAUGGGCGUCAUCAUCGGGUCGGCUGUGUUGCCUGCUACCUUGACGCUUGUCUGGAGCGGGCAGAACAAGUGGGCAGCAGGCUUGUCUCCGAUUCUUGGUCUCGCUUUUGCUUUGAUUGCAUGGCUUGUCACCGCCCGGAAAGAGUGCCAUGCGCUCGAUGUUACGUGCACAGGGUCGAAUAACCCCAUGCUCGCUGGUAAUGUCGUCGCGCUACUCGCACCUGUGGUUCUCAUCCCUAUUCUUAGUUACGGCCUUGGCUUGCAGCAUUAUGACUGGAAGUCCAUGCUGGAGAUCCGUAGAGGCGAUGAUCACGAUCUCGCUGCCACCGCGGGAGUCGAUCUCGAGAACACUGUCGGUGGGCACGAGGAGACGGGUGCCGAGUUCGAGGCCGAGCAGAGCAAGCUGCUGCGCGCGAGCCGUAUCUCGAAGUGGACGACGGUCAUCAUGACGCUCGCUUUCCUCGUGCUCUGGCCGUUCCCGAUGUACGGCAGCAGCUACAUCUUCUCGAAGCCCUUCUUUACGGGCUGGGUCACCGUUGGCAUUAUCUGGAUCUUCUGUUCCCUAGGUGCCGUCGGUCUCUUCCCCGUCUUCGAGGGUCGCCACACGCUGGUCCGUACCUCCAAGGCGAUAUUCAUGGACAUCACUGGAAAGAAGGCAGUGCAGACGAUCCGGGCCGAGCACACGGCCGAGCUUGAGCAGGAGGCCAGGCUGGAGAAGGAGAAGGCUGCGAAAGGAACAGACACACCGCCGAGCAAGGAGGUCCCGCAUGAGCCUGUAGUGACUCAGUGA